UCUCACAAAUUAAAAAGAAAAGAUGCAAGGAAAAACUUUAUGGAGACAAUUUUUGGAGGUGAUAAAAAAUUCAUCACGAUCCCGUGGGAAAAAUAUUUACCCAAUAUCAGCCAACCUUGUUGUCCUAGGAAUUAUAUUUGUCAGAUGUAUAUCGGUUGCUUACUUUGUAAUGGGACUCGUCUGGAAGAUCCACACCGGCCUGAUUAAGGAGAGCUGGAUCGAGGUCCUGAAUAGACUUUGGAUUGGGAACCUCCGACUGGGGACCACAGUGAACGCCCUGGUCCUAACAGGCGUCUGUCUAUUCCCUGUUUACGACAUCUGUGGAGGCAUCGGAUUAAUGGGGAUAUUUUGCAGGAAGAGAAUCUUUGUUGUUUUGUACAUGCUGUCAUUAAUGUUUUUCAUCUUGACUGAUGUCAUUUUUCUCUCGCUGUUUGUUAUUCUUCGUGAUGGGUUUGGUGGAUCGCUCGCUUUGGACUUUCAAGAUAUUUACAUUCAAAUGUCUGCAGUAUAUCGUAGUUGGCCAUAUAUCGAUGUUAAAGGCAUUAAAGAUGAUUGGAUAGACAUGUUUUCCACAUUGGGGUGUUGUGGAGUAACCGAUCAGUACAGUUCAUACAAUUAUGAAUGCAUUGGUUACAGUCCUUGGCAAAGUUGUUGGGGGAAAUUUGCUGCAGGUAUGAGGCCUUUUUUGACAACCUAUGCUUGCCUUGCUGGGAUUUGCCUAUUCACUGAGAUUGUACAACUAGGGUUAUGUGACUGGAUUUACAGCCAAAUGUCACAUCAACGAUACCCCUUUGCUUUGGCACGAACUUGCAUCACGAUGCUCCAAGAGGCAUGGAAAAAUUCAAGACAAGGGUUUCUAGCAAAUAUUUGGAGGCUGUUGUCAUUUGUACCGGCAGUGUGUCUGAUCGUGUUUGGAACAAUGCUCCUUACUGAUUCUAAGCUGUCUGGGACCUUUGUUUCCGGGAUUCUCGGGCAUAUCUACAUACUUGGAUUGAACUACCAGGAGAUUAUUGAAGGAUUCGGUGUUUUGAUGAUUGUUUUGGGGUCUGUUGAAUUUGUUGUGAAUUGUACAGCGUUUAUAUCCGACGUCAUACUCUAUAACAGGACAAAGAGCAAAGUGAUUGCAGUAACCAAAGUUCUGUUACUCAUCAUAGAAGUUAUAUGGCUGGGAUUAAUCAUCAAACUUGCUGUUCAGGUCACAAGCGAUCUUAGAUUCAAAAUGGCAAAUUUAUUGAUCAAUUUCACAAACCUUCAUCGGGCAUGGUUAACUCUGUUUGGAGAAUUGGAGUGUUGUGGUAUAACUGCUUCGAGCGAUAUAUGUUCUUUGACGUCCGGAUUAUGGCAUUGUUCUCAGCUGCCUCUAACGUGCUGUCAACAUAAUUUAUAUAAUGUAUCAGAAAGCACUCUCUACAGCACUACAAUUUGCAGUACGCCAAACAUACCUUGUUUGGAAGCAGUGUCAUCCAGAUUUAAGAUUUACACCACUGGGUAUUUCGUAGGAAUAUCUCUGUCUCUAUUGUUUGGAGUUUUGGGAAUAACAUUUACAUUGCUCCAUAUAAGAUCACUGAGAGACAGGGAUGACAGAAAAGAUGGAGAGCAGACAGAUAAAGAUCCGCCCGAGCUGGAAAAGAGACUGAUCCCCGAAAGUCGUCCUAGACGACUGAUUAACUAUUGUAAAAGGGACAUACAGCGCAAAAUGAUAGUCAUAACAUCGACAAUUUCAUUGGUCCUUGCUGCCGGAAUAUUUAUAGAAGGGCUAGUGUUAACAUACGAUAAAGUGUUUAACCAUGACAUUAUCCGGGAUGUCCUAUGGAGCGCCUUAUCCUUUGAUGGCUUGUCCUUCAAUCACAUACGGCAGUCGUUUUCGGCGUUUAUGAUUUCAUCAGCUCUUGUGAUUCUGAUUGUUUCCGUUAUUGGAAUGUUCACAUUAAAAACAAAAUCAAAAUAUCUUCAUAUCAUUCAAAUAAUUUUAAUCAGCCUAUGCUUCUCCUUAAUGGUCGUCGGGAAUGGCCUUUGGGGAAAGUCGAAAGAUACAAUAAGCUAUAGAUUGGCAAACGAGAUGAUUUCGUUUUUACAAAAUUAUGGAUAUGAUGAAAGUAUAAACUACAUUUUCACAAAAACAGCACAGUCAGCUUGGAGUAACCUUUUUGCUGUGGCGGAAUGUUGCGGUAUCUUUGAUUAUGAAGGCAGCGAGAUAUCACGAUAUCUCUCAUCAGAUAAAAUACCGAUCUACUGCUGUAAAGAAAACCCAUUUACAGAAACCUACAUCCAGGAUAACGACAAUUGUAUGGACUUUUUACAGGCUGAUCUUCAACAUAACAAAUCAUGUAAAGAUGCAUUGCUUACAAGACUUGAUGUGUACAGCAAUUUAUUUUUCACAUUCUCUGCCCUUACUUUUGCAAUUUUGACUUUCCAGUUUAGUUUAAUUAUUUACAAGUUAAAGAAAAUGAGUUUUAUUCCAAUCAUCGACGACAAAUACUUGAAAAUGACAAAGAUGUUAUGUAAGACAGGAAAAGGAUAUCGCAAUAUCUUUACUUUCGAGAAAAGGAUGAUAUUCACUGUCGCAGCAUUUCUGUCAUCCUUAAGCAUGUUAAUACUUGGCAUUGUCAUGAAGCACGAUGACAAAAUGACGGGAGGAUAUGUGUACUAUGUGUACAGAUACCUUUACUUCAGAGGCGUUAAUUUCUUGGACAUUGUCAAGGAUACGUAUCUAUCGUUAAUCAUCCUUGGAACCUUGUCGGCGACAAUGGGCUUGCUGAAGCUUACAGAUGUGUUUCGAGAAUUGCAAAACAAAAGAAAAAAUUACAUGCAUAUUGGUAUUGUGUUGAUUUUAAUUCUAACAAAACUGGUCUGCAUUCCCUUGAUGGCAGUAGUUCGUAUAGAUAUUGAUGAAAAUGCUUCCUAUCAAUUAACAAAUAUGGAUCGACAGUACCGAAAUACGCACUCUCUGUAUGAUAGUAUGAUGUACAGCAUCCUGAACCGUUUCUACAUAGCGUUUGAUUGCUGUGGUGCUAGGGGACCAUAUGAACUGGCAAACAUGGCAUCUACCAGCGGUUAUACAGGCUACACAGGAGCUCAACCAUAUGCCUGCUGCCAUGGAGCUGCAUAUCUGGAUUCUCCCUCUAUGCUUUCUAGUGUCGUAUGUGAGAAAAAGGUAUUUUUGAGCAUCACUACACAAUUUUUAUUCAAAGUGAAAUGA